AACAACUAAAGCUUGAGUACCCUGGAAGUUUCUCCAGGCCACUGAAGAGUCUGUGGGCUCUGCUGACACGUGUUGCUCCUGCAGAUGUCCCUGGGUGGGCUAAGCUUAAUGAUGGACUCGAAGAUCAGGAGCUGUCUCAAGAGCAAUGGGGCAUUUGAUGGUGUCCAUCUCACCUGAGGACGCGAGGAACCAUAGCUCUAGCCACAGCUCUAGGAACUGAUCGCAGGGAUGGUGUGCCUAUGCACGGCGCGAGACGCCAGGGUGGCCCCUGCUCGAUGCUCCCCAAAGGCUGGAGACAACCUGAGUCCCAGCCAGGAAGGAAGUUAUGUGAAAACUACCCGCUGACCCUAUGCUGGAAUUCUCAACAACGUGUGGAGGAAAGGAAAUAGGUAUGUGGCUAUUUGCAUGAGAAACGGGCCAGGAUAUAUUGUAAAGCGCGGAGAGAAAAGGCAAGUAACCAAAACUGCACAGACAGCAUGCUCUUUUCCAUAUAACGUGUAUAAAGCGGCGCUGAAAGAGGUCCUAAGGACACGCGAGCCGCUGCGGGCAGGACGCGCCUGGGUGCGCGCGCGCGCCACCGUGAGGGAUGCAGGUCUGCAGAUCCGCAGCAGUGAGCUCCCUGUCGCAUGAGGUCUGCAAGCGGAGCUUACCUUACCUAAAAUUAUUAGAACGCCAGCUCCCCAAGGGCCAUCCCAUCACUCUUGUCCACUGCUGACCCCUGGCCUUGCAAAAGGUACACGUGCAACUUCCUGUUGAGCACUGACAGUGACCAAGGAAACAGGAAGCACUCUGGAUGGAGAGCGAGCGCUGCCAUGCUGCCUAAGCACCUGUGAAGCCGGGCCCUUUCCUGCUUCAUUGGUUAAGCCCCACAAGAAGGCCCUUGAGGCUCCUCCAGUGAGGGCUGGCACUCACAGGCUCCACACUGGGCACUGGAGUGGACCAUGGCUCCCCUGCUCCUGCUGCUCUUGCUGCUGCCAUCCCUGGGAGCCAGCUCCACCCUGAACAGGGGUCUUCCCAAGCCCCUUGAAGACACAGAACCCUACCUUAUCCCUGUAGCCCAUGAUGAGGGUCCUGUGGACUCAGAACCACAAGCUUCUGGCUUCCAGUGGCAGAGCUACAGGCACUAUGACAGCCCCCAGGCCCCUGCUGUGGGUGCCCAGAGGCCUGUAGGCUCGCCCCUGGGCCCAGCCCUGCCUGGGCCCCAUGCAGCCCCAGGGGCUCCAGGAGCACAGCUCCCCAUGAAGGACAACCUCCAGCUGGCUCACGGGCCCAGCUCCCAGGGCUGGAUGGGGCCCCCUGAUACCCAGGAUCCUGGGGAGCAAGAUGCACUCGCCCCCCUCCCAGGGGGCACCCCUCACCUCAUGGUCACCCCCAUACCUCCCAGCCUUCAAGUUGGGCCAACCACAGUGUCUCCUGCCCCCCAGGAGCCCCAAGGCCCAGCAGGGCGGCAUCUACCUAGAGAUAGGGAUCGCAAGGCCAAACCCAAGAGCAGGGCCCCACAGCCUUCUCACUUGGACUCCCAGGGCCCUCGCCAUACUAUCAUGCCCCAUACAGGCUCUAUUGGGGAACCAGUCCUGGGAGGACAGGGUGGGCAUGCGGGCGACUUCCAGGAGGUAGCCCAAGGCCCCCAAGCCACACAAGAUGACUCCACAGCCCCUGAUGCCAGCUCCAUCUCCCCCACUGACCCCAGUGCCCAGCCAGACCUGGCACCAGCCAGAAGCCUUCCUCCUGCAGAGCUCCCAAAGAAAGCUGGUGCUGGGGACACCUGGGAUGUCAGCUCCCCAGGCCCCCAGCCCAAGCAGAUGAUCUUUCCUCAAGUCAAGGGUUCCCAAGGACCUCAGUCAACACCUGCUGCAGCCUCAGAGGCUCCGGAUGGGCAGCUCAAGCCAGAGACAGCAGCGAUGAAUGGAGCAGACCCUAUCUCCCCACAGCGGGUGAGAGGAGCAGUAGGGGCCCCAGGAACCUCCAAGUCUCUCGUCCCUGGCCUCUCAGACCCUGGCCUGGCCACAAAUGGAACAGAGAGCCCUGUGAGGGUCCUGCAGCCAGAUGAAACUGAGGAAUGGCCCGGGCGGCCCCAAAGCCAUCCCCCAGCACCCCCAGUCCAGGCCCCAUCAACAUCUCGCCGAGGCCUCGUUCGAGUCACCACACAGCGAGCCCUGGGCCAGCCCCCGCCUCCGGAGCCCUCGGCCAGCUCCAUGGCCUCCAUCCCGGCUUCCAACCCCCCAGCAAAUGCCACAGCACCCCCUCUGCGCUGGGGGCCCCUGCGGCGGGUACUGAGCUUUUCCUGGGAGCUGCACGUCUACGGGGUGGGGGUGCUCUUCCUGCUGCCGGCCAUACUGGCCCUCGCCACGCUGGCCGCUGCCCUGGCGGGGCCCCGGCUCGCUCUGGCGGCCGCCGCGCUGGUGCUCCUGGCUUCUGGGCUACGCUCUGUGUACAUGCUCACUGACCCUUACGGCUCGCAGGCGCGGCUGGGCUUGCGAGCCGGCCUGGUGCUCUACAACCUGCCCUUCCCCUUGCUGCUCACGGCCCUGGCGGCCCUGACCCUGCUCGGCCUGGGAGCUGGGCUACCGCCACCGCUGCAGAAGCCGCUGCUGCUGGGGGCCUUGGCGCUGUUGCAUGGCGCCGGGCUGCUCGCCGCAGACCUGCUGUCCGCGCGGCCCGCGCUCAACCUCCUGGUGCAGGGCCUGUCGUGCACCUGGGGCGCGUCCGUUGCCCUGGGCACACUCUGCCUUUGUCGGCGCCGCCUGCUGGACGCGCCAGGCGGCUGGGAUGCCAGCCCAGGCCCGCGCCUGCUGGCGGUGGCGGGCUCGCUGGGGCUGCUGGCCAGCGGCCUGCAGCUGGCGGCCUCGCUCUGGCUGUACCCGGGCCCCGGCCGGGUGGGCCGCUUCUCGUGGGCCUGGUGGGGCGUGCACUUCUGGCUGCGCCUGCUGGAGCUGACCUGGGCGCUGACGCUGGCACUGUCCGCUGUGGCCGCUGCACGCCCACAGCCACCCACCGAGCACGCCUGCUGGGCGAAACUGUUGCGCCUGGCGUGCCCUGCGCCUCCCGGCAAGAGUGAGGUGCCCGAGCGCCCCAACAACUGCUACGCGGGGCCCAGCGGCCUCAGCCAGGGCGGGCUGGAUAUCAGCAAGAGCCUCAUUCGCAACUCGGCGGAGGGGGGCCCGCCCGCCACGCCCAGCUCGGGUGCCUGGGGCUCGGCGGCGUCUCUGGGCCGUGGCCCUCCAGGUGGCCCUGGACUGUCCCGCAGCAGCGUAGGGCGGGCGCCGUCGCUGAGCGAGCUGGACCUGCGGCCACCGUCGCCUAUCAACCUGAGUAGGAGCAUCGACGCCGCGCUCUUCCGGGAGCACCUGGUGCGGGACAGCGUGUUCCGGCGCUGCGGCCUGCGCGGUCUGGUCUCCCCGCCACCCGGGGGCACGCUGCGGGCUCGCCGGGUCAGCCACCCGGACGCCGAGCCCGACCUGGGGUGCGCGCUGCUCCUCGCCCGCUGCCACUCGCUCAGCGAUGUGCGCGGCCCGAGGUCACAGCGCGCGACCGAUGAGGCCGGCCAGGUGGCGGCCUCCGGAAGCUCCCUGGACAGCUUCUCCCGGGGCUCGCUCAAGAUCAGUUGGAACCCGUGGAGGCACGGUCUGUCGUCAGUGGACAGUCUGCCGCUGGAGGAGCUGCCCAGCACGGUGCAGCUCCUGCCCGCCCCGGCCCCGGCCCCGGCCCCAACUCUGCCCCAGCCAGGGGAGCCCCGACCCGAGGUCCCGCCGCGCGGCAAAGCCGGGGACUCCCGCAGCGCGUCCAGCGACACCAUCGAGCUUUGAGCGGUCCACUGGGUGCGGCCGCCAAGACAGCGGAGCUUUACACACCGGCAACUGCGACCGGAGACAGCCAGGUGGAACCUGCACUCCAGCUUUUGUUUUUUAAAAUAUCUCUAUUUUUUUCAGCAGGUAUUUUGCACAAAGGCCGUGACUUACACUAAGUACAGGGUGGCGGGCAUGGAUCUGUGCAUGGGGAACAGGGAACACACACACGACUUUCCAGUGUGAAGGAAGAAGCCAUGCUUGUCCAGACUGUCCUCUUUGUGCCAAGAAAUAAACCCCUAAGGUUUGGCUCCAGCCUCCCUCCCACUGCCGGGAGGCCCUUCCCUUGGGAUGCAGGCCUGUGUGGGGAGGGCCCUCGCAGAGAAAAGCGCUGCAGGCUUUGGUAACUGCAGCUACCAGGGUUUGGUAAUUUCUCAGCCCACUUCAUUCACUCCUCACCUACCCUGGGGUGGAAAGAGACCCUCCAUGUUAGGAGUCACAGUUCAGAGAUGGAGGUCACCUGCCCAGGGUCCUCCAGCAAAUGACAAGUGGGACUGACUGCAGAAGAUGUCCACUCCUGAACUGUCCCUCUGUGCCCCUUCCAACACUCCUUCAGGGUCCGUCUUCCC